CUGGAGCUCCACUGCGCGCUCUCGUAACCAUGUCGCCAUUUUGAUUCGAAAAAUAUGACUGAGUUUUUCCUGCCUUGCAAGCUAAAGUUAGCCUCGCGUUUGAAUCACUUUGUGCGUGAGUACGAGCCAUACGCCGUACACCGGGAAUAACAGGCAUCGCUUUUUCGUGCCGGGUGGCCACUGGCGUCGGGGAACUCGUCCAUUUGGCAGACUUCACAGCUACAUUCGGCUAACGCUAGCUAAGUUGAGCUAGCUAACAGUAGCCAGUGUUGUCGCAGGCUGACCCCUUCUUCAAAACAAAUCACUAUCCGCACACAGGCUAAUGUAUGUUAGCUAACAGUGAGCUGGGUAGCUAGAGACUUGAUAGCUGGUUGCUUGACGUGAGACUCCACGAACUCACAGGCAGGAGGACUAGCCGCGGGUUUUCAAUCAAAGGUUAUGGUGAGCCUCUCAGUGUCUCAUCUCCUAAAGAGGCCUGCAUUUUAAGAGGAGACCCAUGCUGAUAAAUGCCAGGCCUCGCCACACUCUCUGUCGUCUGCACAAACACAAAUGCCUGCCUGCCCGUGGGGGAGGUCUGAUUAAAGAUAUCCACAUUUCAUCCACUGGGCUCUGUCCCCCGUCCCAGCGGCCACCAUGUUUUGGAAGUUCGACCUGCACACCACCUCCCACAUUGACCAGCUGCUGGACAGGGAGGACGUGACGCUGAGAGAGCUGAUGGAGGAGGAUGAUGUCCUGCAAGAGUGCAAGGCCCAAAACCGCAGAUUGCUCCUCUUCCUCUGCCAGGACCACUGCAUGCAGGAGCUGGUCAGCCUCAUCACCACAGAGCCGCCCGCUGACCUGGAGGAAAGGAGCCGCUUUAAAUUUCCCAACAUUGCUUGUGAGCUCCUGACAUCAGAUGUGUCCAUUAUAAAUGAUAAGCUGGGCGGGGAGGAGUCUCUCCUCGAGAUACUAUACCACUUCUUGGAGCAGGAUCCGCCCCUCAACCCGCUACUCGCCAGCUUUUUCAGCAAAACCAUCGGCAACCUCAUUGCCAGGAAAACCGAACAGGUGAUUACCUUUCUAAAGAAAAAGGAAGGCUUCAUUGGUCUGGUGCUGAAACAUAUUGAUGCCUCUGCCAUGAUGGACCUGCUGCUUCGCCUCAUCAGUUGUGUGGAGCCUGCCCCCUUGAGGCAGGAGGUCCUUCAUUGGCUGAAUGAGGAGAAUUUGGUACAGAGACUGACAGAGCUUAUCCAUACUGGUAAAGAUGAGGAGAGACAAUCGAAUGCGUCCCAAACGCUAUGUGACAUCAUCCGCCUUAGUCGAGACCAGGCCAAUCAGAUGCAGGAUGGCAUGGAGACUGACCCACUAUUGGCUGUACUAGAGUCGCAGGAGAGUGUGGCGGGACUCCUCAAGAACUUAUUUGAUGGGGAGAGGAGCGAGGCCUCCAUCGUUAAUGGAACUCAAGUGCUACUUACCUUACUGGAGACCAGGAGGUCAGGGUUGGAAGGGCUGAUGGAUCUGUAUUCUCAGGGUUAUGAAAGGUCUUACACUGUCAACAGCAGUAUUUUAAACGCCAUUGAGCCCCAUUUAAAGGACUUCCAGCAGCUUCUUCUGGAUCCCCCCAAGAAAAGUGCAAUAUUGACGACCGUUGGCCUUCUGGAGCAGCCACUGGGGAACGCCCGCCUCCAUGUGGCCCGGCUGGUGGCUGCCCUACUGCAGACCAAUUCCCCCAGUAUGUGCCAGGAGCUGUGCAAUCUUACCACCAUGGACCUACUACUGGAUCUUUUCUUCAAAUACUCCUGGAAUAAUUUUUUGCACUUCCAAGUGGAGCUGUGCGUGGCAGCGAUCUUGAACCACCCUUCCUCAGAGGAGCAGCAUGUCCCAGGUCUCCAGAACCACGAUGGGAACCCUGCCGUGUCUAGCCUUGAAGAGCAGGGGGAGGCCGUGGAGACAGGCAGGACCGUUGACCCACAGACCUCCAUCCACAAUGCCCUUGUGGCCCAUCUCUUCCAGAAGUGUCGAUUGGUACAGAGGAUCCUUGACGCCUGGGAGGAGAAUGAUAGAAUACAGGCUGAGGGAGGCACCAGGAGAGGCAACAUGGGUCAUCUGACCAGAAUCGCCAACAUGGUGGUCCAGAACCUGGAGAAAGGAACCGUACAGGUCCAGAUCACUGACCUCAUAAAAGAGCUGCCAGAGGACUGCAGAGGACGCUGGGAGAGCUUUGUGGACGAGACCCUGAGAGAGACAAACAGGAGAAACACGGUAGAGCUGGUAAGCACCCACAACAUGCACUCAUCCAGUGAGGACGAUGACAUGGAGAGCCCCUUCCCCAAUGACCUGUCUCUCCAGCAGGCCUUCUCCGACUAUCAGAUCCAACAGAUGACUGCCAACUUUGUGGAUCAGUUUGGGUUCAAUGAUGAGGAGUUCAAUGAGCACGAUGAAAAUAUCAAUGCCACAUUCGACAGAAUCGCUGAGAUUAACUUCAAUCUAGAUGCUGAUGAUAACAGUGCCAAUGCGGCUGCCUUUGAAGCCUGCUGUAAAGAAAGGAUACGCCAGUUUGACGAUGCUGAAGAGGAAGAGGACAUUUGGGAGGAGAAGGAGAUCAACUAUGCAACACAAGCUAAAUCCAGAACAAGGUUUGGUGUCUCUCAAACGUCAGAGGGAAGCUCCCGGAGCAGCAUGGAGAAUGGAGGCAGGGAGCAGGACCACGGAUCUGAAUCUGAUGAGGACGAAGACUCAGAGCAAAACACAUCAGAUUCAGGUCCAGGCUGGACAGCGAAUUUCAGGGAGUCUGGAGGAACGACAGCCUCUCAGACCCCACAGUCGUGGGACAGCUCAACUCGGACCGGAGCAGAGACACAUGAAACAGGGUGGGCCAACUUCACUGAGUUCCAGCCUUUCUCUGGCAAAGAGACCAAUCCCAGGUGCAGCUCUCCUGUGGACUCGGAUGCAGAUAAACAAGCCAAACAAAACCCUGAGAAGAGCGCGGAGGUUAGUGCCACUCCUACUGCUUGGGCGGAGAAGGGAGAAGGGAGGAAGGCUCCUCUCGUGGCCUCAGACAGCAGCUCCUCCGGGGGAUCGGACAGCGAGGAGGACGACAAAAAUGCUGCUGCUGCAACCGCCACUUCGGAAAAGGCAGACGCCCCUGGCAACCAGACAGCUGACCUCAAAAGUGAGGAAAGUCCGGUGUCUCUGGAGAAACUCUCUCUGUCAGAUCCUCCCAAACCAUCAGAGCAGCAGCAGCCUGCUGACGAGUCACCUGCAAACACACAGACCGACAGGAAAGAGGAGACGCCACCUCCUCAGGAAGUGUCGGUCAACGGCCCCGUCUGAUCACCACCCGAAGCAGAACCCCCCCCCCCCCCUCAGUGACGGUGCUGUGGACUGUCAGCCUCCUCCAGAGUGACACCCCUAAAUAACCUCACUGCAACUAUGGUGUUUUUUUACUGAAUCACUCUGCCACGUUAUUGGACCUGGACACUGCCAAUCAACACCAAUAAUGAGGCGGCGGAACAUGUAAAAAAAAAAAUCUAUAUGUAUGAAAAAUGAGAAACUAAAACAACCCCCAACAGACCGAGCGGAGCGUAGAGGAAUCAUCUUCAAAGCCUUUUUUUCUGAUGUUGCACAUGAUUGCGUGCGGUUUAAAAUGUAGCAGUGAUCUUUGAAAACGACAGAAUCCGAGGGGUAACAUCGUCACCGUUAUUUUUUUAUGUCCUGAAAGAUUUCUCUCUCUCUCUCCUACCUGUUGGACGCCCGCCGUUAGGGAUUUUACAUGGUCACCCCGGAACGGAAUAGCACAGGCUAACUUUUAACGAUGCCUCAACAAUAAAUACCUGUUUUUCAAAUCUUUUUUUUUUUCUCCUUCGAGCUUAAGAAAAAGCACUUAUGCAGCCGUUUACUGUACAUGAUAGCACAAUGUAAGUGUUCUCCCCUCAUCUCUGCUGGCUGUUUUACCUGCCGCCCCCCCACCCCCCCACGUCAAGCUUUUUUUUCCUCCCUCCCUUUGGUUGCGGAUGAUGGACCAUGUCCCGUCGUCGUACAUCACCAGGUGUCUGAAUGUGUUGAAGUGCUUCAGGAGGGGCGGGUCAAUGAACAGAGUUCUAAUAGUAUUACUGUCUUUUGCUCAUGUGCAAUAAUGUCAAUUAGCCAUUUUUAUUUAAAAAUGAAAUCAGUUAUUUUUUAUUUUUAAGAAUCGAUUUAGCAUAGAAGACCCAUUUGGUUUAGUUUUGAGCAAAUAUUUUGGAUUUAAUCUCUGAUUUUUUUUUAAAUUACUUUUUCUGUAGCCCUUUUCUUUGUAGUUGCAUGUUUAACUGGUUCUCUGUUGACCUAGCUAGUGAGCUAAGACCUUCUGAUUGUAUUGACCUUUAAGUUCUUAUUUCUAUCCCCCUUAAAUCAACCAAACAUUAUCUACCUAUAUACAAAUAUUAUCUACAUUUAAAAGUAAUUUUACAAGCAAUCUUGAGAUUACUAUUGUUGUCUGUUCCUUUUUUUUUUUUUUCUGUCUCUCCACCGAGCACUUACUCACAGAGCGGGAGCGGCAUCUGAUCAGAGCGAUGCUGUAUGGGUUUCUUUUCUUUUCUAAAGUUUAAUUUUAAUUUCUCUCUGAGCAGCGGGAUUGGAAAGAGAUUGAAUUAAGUACACCAAAGAGGCCUGGGGCUCCACAGAGCCCAGCAGGCCUCUUUGGUGUACUUAAUUCAAUCGUUUGACAGCGAUCAGGUUCUCCGGUCAUUGUUAAGAAAACCAAUUGAAAUUAAAAGUGUCUGGUUGACCACAUUAAUACCAAAGGUUUGGCUGUUACCCGUCUGGUUGUUGUCUUUCCACCUUUGCAAACAUGUAGCCGCCUGUUGAAGACACGUUAAACUGUGGGGUUGUCCCUUCUUCUGGUUGAUCAGGUUACCUCAGGUCACCGGACACCGUGUAGCAAGGAGACUGACCACAGGUGUCGUCUGUUCCCUCCACCGACAGGCGGAGCAACAAAGCUAACAGGGGAGACGUCCGUCAAACCCAGUCCAGUGUGUACACUUAGCAUAUGAGAGGUCAGAGGUCAUCUAGAGGCUGGCAGGCAGUCGCUAAACUACACACGUCUGUCUGAGAGGUAUCAUCACACUAACUGAUGAAGUCACAGGCGGUUUAAAUGGCAGCGGGCAGCGCAAAAUAACCAUGUAUCAGCCCUCACACUACAAGCUCACCAUGUUAUAUGACUGAUCAUUUAAAAAAAACAUUUACUCAGGUGUGGUUUUGAUCCCCAAAGUUCCAGGCAACUGGUAGUUUCAGUGUAUGUUAGCCAAAAUUAAAAGUAAAACUUUAUGAGGUAUCAAUACCAGUUCAAGCUGCCUUGGUUUGUAGGUCUGUGAGAGUCCAUCCAUUUCAUUCUAGUGAACACGUCAGCUCAAGGGAAGUUCUCCAGAUCCGGUACAACGUUCACGUCACAGAUGAUUAGAAUAUGAUGGUCAAAGGUCACUGUGAACGCAGCAUCUCAGGAACGGCUUGAGGGACUUUCUUCAGACUUGGUACAAACGUUCACUUGCAGUCAAAGACAGUGAUUUAAAAUUUGGAUAGUCAGUUAGCUCUCAAAUCUCAUAAACACGUUGUCACAUUUUUCAACAAAAAACUUCGGCUCAAGGAUUAUCUGCUUUGAUAGGAGUGGUCAGAGGUCACGUGACCUCAUGACUAAUAUACGCAGACUGAAACUGUUCUGGUUUGCAGAGGCAAAUAACCACAGGGCGGAAAUUCUAGUUUUACAGCCGAAUACAAUUCGAAGAUCUGAAUAACACAAUCCCAAUUAAGAGCUAAAGUGUUACUUUAUCUUUCAUAAUGCGCAGGAUACACACAUUGGUAGUAAUGACAGUGUACAAAAACAGCUGGUGAGUGUGUGAAUCCUGCAGAUUGAGACACUUUUUAAACCAUUCUUCUGUAUUUCUUUCUUAGAUUUUCAGACGAAACAUCAGCAUCUAGAAUCGAAAACUAAAAAAACAAAACACGGUUGGACAUUUAAACCCACGGCUUUUAUUUGGAUCCUAAAAACUAUAUUGACACGAUUGACAACAUAACCCGGCUCAGAAUGUCAUUUCUAAUAAAAAAAAAGAACCAAAAUAAAUAAAAAGGAUUAUGUCAUAUUGCUGUGGUUAAUUUAGCUGUUGACUUGUUACCAUGGAGAGAUGAGUAAACGAGUGUGAAAACGAUGAGCUGGGUCAGACUGGAUGUGGACGACAGUCAGAACGUGACGUCUUCACACAUGCUGGUUCUGGCUGCUGCUCUGGUACAUCUGCAAAAUCGGUUUUAUGAUCAGAUGAAAUGAUUUUGGUUCGGCUAAAGAUCUGGUUUCUAACAUCAUGAAUAAAAUCGAUGGGACGGGUAUGAUUAGGAAAUAGUGACUGGAACAUGAACCACUUCUGUCAGAUAUGAAACUGGCUAACAUUAGAAAUUCAGUAAAAAGUUAGAAUAUGGUGAAGCUACCGUCAGAUGCCUGUAUAAAUUGUUCCCAGGAGGAGGUUUAGCAGCAUUUUCGGGAAACUUCACAUGAUCAUUUAACUUAGCGAUUAAAACUAUUGGAGUCAUUUUCAAGCAAAAAAAGACAAGAAAUAAUCCAGUUACAGUUUGUUAAACUUGAGCACAUGGUGGACUGUUGGUUGGGUGGUAUCCUGACAUUUGAUUGUGAAAGUAAAUGUUAGCUGCAGCUCUAGUUAGGGUCACAGGUGGCCGAGGGCAGUGAAAUACGUUUUCUACCUUUUUAAUGAUCAUAUUGACAGACACUAAAUCAAUAAAUCUGUACUUUGGAAUCUUUGAUUCA